AUUUUUCAACUAGAUGAUGCAAGUACCGGACCACCUGUCAGUGACAGGUGCCGACCUUAUGCAGAUAGACCCGCUCAAUAGAUUGAUGAACAAAUUUGAAGAGGCCCGGACAGCAAUGCUAGAAAGAAUGAGCGUUCCAGAGCACAUUACGGUAAAUGGAAGAGCGACGCUGGUUCCAGAAGAAAGGAGAGUUUUUAGAACUACGUCACUCAGAAUGGAAGUCCCCAAUCAUUUGAACGUGUUCGACUUAAAAGAGGAUGCAAUCAACCAUAACAACAAUCAGAAAAUUACGAUUCCCACUUCAUUUGACUCAUCAAAUGUGCAAAACCCGUACGAGGAAGUGAAAAUGAUGCAGAAAAGAAUGAUUGUUCUCAUGGGCCGGCUUGGAGUACUUGAAAACCAAAUCGUCGUCCAAAAAAGACGUGAAAAAGGACUUCUCCUUGCAUUAAUAGGAGCUGUUAUAACACUGGCAUACUCAUACCUCCGACGAUAAGCUUGUUGUAUAAAACUGUUAAUCACAAAUAUCCGAGCCUUUCAUAUAAUCACGAGUAUUUUAUUAGAUUGUCACCAUGUCCAUAUAGAUUUGUACAACUGUUUUAAUUAUUAUUUUUUAAUACUUGUACUCAAACCCCUACACACAUUUUGCUUUAUUUGCAUUUACGAAUUUUGCCACAAUCAGUUCAGAACACUCACCACGAUUAGUUAGCUUUAUUGUAAAUAUGAUAAUAGUGUGAAUUAUUUAUGCGAGUUGAGAAAUGAACUUUACAAUUUUC